AGUGCUUAUUUCUUCUCCCUUUCUGUCGUCGAUUCAAGUUCUUAUUCAGAAUUGUAGAGUUUCCAGAAAUGCUUCCGCAGUUCUUCAGGCGCUUCUGAUUCCGGUUCGGUUCCGGAUUGGGUCUCCACUGAAUUUCACUGGAACAAGACUCAUCUCCUAACACUCCAGAGCUUUCUAGGGGUCGGUGACAGCUUCUUUAUUUUAGUGAAGAUAUGGACAGAAUCAGUGGGUUACCUGAUGAUGUGCUGGUUAAGAUAUUGUCGUUUGUUCCAACUAAAGUUGCUGUAUCAACUAGCAGUUUGUCGAAACGAUGGGAGUUUCUUUGGAUGUGGUUGACAAAACUUGAGUUUGGUGAUAUACUUUAUUCAGAGUCUGAAUUCAAGAGUUUACAGUGUUUUCUCAAUAGGAAUCUGCCAUUACAUAGAGCUCCGGUUAUAGAAAGAUUCUGUCUUGAUUUAGGUCUUUCAGAUUUGAUACCUGAAGAUAUCAGAAUGUGGGCUGUAGUAGCAGUUUCUCGCCACAUACGUGAGUUCAAGAUGUUGGUUUGUUGUCAUCCGUAUAAGCGAAGCAUAUUGCCUAGUAGUUUGUAUACCUCCAAGUCGCUUGUGAUCUUGGUUCUCGUUGGCGGGAUUCUCUUGGAUGUUCCUCGAAUGGUUUGUCUUCCCUCUCUGAAAACUUUGAAACUUAUAAGUUCGAGAUAUUCAAAAGAAGGAUCUCUCCAGAGGCUUCUAUCUAAUUGCCCUGUUCUUGAACGUCCUAAAUGCUUGUUGUCGAGUCUACAAAAUUUCACCUGGUCAGGAUACUUAGGAAGACCACAGGACAGAGAUAUUGCGGUUUACAUCUUGAAAAACGCUUGUCGCUUAAGGACUGCAGAAUUUGUGGCUGAUACACAUUUGGUUCCAAAACUCGAGAUGAUAACGGAGUUGACACGUUCUUCCCGAGCUUCAUCAACAUGCGAACUCCUCUUUCGUUGAGGAUUUGAGUUUUAAGAUGUUUCAUUUAUAUAGUAGGAUUCUAAUUUCCAUUCUAAACCUGUCUGUUGUCCAACAAAGAUCUUAAGUUCCAUCUAAGUUAUGUACUUCUAAGAUU